AUGUCUGUCUUGACCAAUUGGACAUUCAGACAAGUUUCUAUACAACAACAACACGUGUGUACACCUUGGGAAGACAACACAUGGUACAAUGCCACACCUCAACAACAGCUGCACCAAAUCCAUGUGGAUUUAAUCUACAAUGACCUUAUACCUGAUCCUUUUGUAAAUGACAAUGAGUUAAACGUCAGUUGGAUUAGUGAAUUGACAUGGGAGUAUCGAUGUUUAUUUGGUGUGCCAGUGCCACAAGAGCAGCAAGAAGCGUAUUUGUUGUUUGACCAAUUGGAUACUGAGGCUGAAGUUAUGUUGAACAAUGAUGUCAUUUUACACAGUACUGAUGCCUUUCAGAGAUAUAAGGUUUUUGUAAACUUGUCUGUUGAAAAUGAGUUAGUAUUGAGAUUGAAAACUGGGGUUGAAUUAGGCAAGUCAUUAGAAGAAGACAAUGGACAUCGUGAAUGUUGGAAUGGUGAUUGUAGUAGAGUUUAUGUCCGCAAACCUCAAUUUCAGUAUGGAUGGGAUUGGGGGCCGAAGUUGAUCACUUGUGGGUUCAAUAAAGUUGAGCUUGUUGCAAAAAAUUAUGUUGAUGAUUUGUUUGUGAGGUUUCAAUUGAAUGACGAGUUAGACGCGGCUCAUGUUUGGUUUGAGAUUGAGAGUAUAUUGUUUACAUCUGUGAAAAAAGCCCAAAUCGAAAUCAGUUUGGAUGAGGUGGCUAUUGGUGUGAUUGAAAUGGAUCAAGUUGAAUCUGAAAUGAAUGUUAGUUAUGUGUUGGAAAAGGUUCAAUUGUGGUAUCCUAUCAAACACGGCAAGCCCAACUUGUACAAAAUCAAGCUAUUUUUUGAUGACGAGUUGAUGGUUACUAAGUCCGUUGGAUUUAGAAAAGUUGAGCUUGUAACCGUUGCCGAUGAAUAUGGUAGUUCAUUCUACUUCAAGAUCAACAAUAAACCUAUCCAAAUGGUUGGAUCAAAUUGGAUCCCUUCUCAUUCAUUUAUAUCCAAAGUUACCAAGCAAGAUUAUCAAGACUAUAUUGAAUUGGUAAUUGAUUCAAAUCAAAAUAUGAUCAGAGUGUGGGGAGGUGGGCAAUAUGAGCAGAGCGAGUUUUAUCAAUUAUGUGAUGAGUACGGUAUUUUAGUAUGGCAAGAUUUCAUGUUUGCAUGUGGGAUAUAUCCUAAUGUUCCAAUACACAAACAAGUUGAGAAAGAAGUGCAAGAUCAAAUAAGACGAUUACGAAAUUUCUCCAGUAUUGUCAUCUAUACAGGUAAUAAUGAAGAUUAUCAGAUUGCUGAUGCCUUGAAGUUGAACAAGAAUAAUGCUAGUCAAUUCCCAGCAAAAUCCAUAUAUGAAGAGACGAUUCCCCUGGUAUUGAUUGCAAUGGCAAAUCAAGUGGUGUAUAGAUUUGGAUCGCCAUACUCAGAUAAUAUUCACAGUUCGUAUGAUUUGAAAUUUGGUGAUUCACAUCAAUGGGACGUUUGGCACGGCAAAGUACUCCCAUAUCAGUCUUGGCGACAACUAUCAGCUAGAUUUGUCAGUGAGUUUGGUAUGUUGUCGUUACCCUCGUAUUCAACAUUGAGUAAAUACAUCACCAAUGAGGACCAAUUGCGUCCUGACCUGAAAAUGAUUGAUUUUCACACCAAACCAACAAACAAGGAGAAUUUGGCGCAUUAUGUGUGGUUUAACUUCAAUAAACCAAAAUUGCUCUUAUUACAUGAUUGGAUUUAUUUAACUCAAUUGAUGCAACUGGAAGCCAUAAGUUUAGCAUUCAGGUACUGGAGACGCAAUUGGGACAAAUAUCAAUGUGGUGGUGUAUUGGUGUGGCAAUUGAAUGAUUGUUGGCCUAGUAUUUCUUGGUCAGUAGUUGAUUUUGAAAAAGUUCCUAAAUUGAGCUAUUACGGAAUGAAGAGGGAGUUGAGUGAUGUGAGUGUUGGUGGGUGUAAGAUUGAACAAGAAUCGGUUGAUGAAGCGCCAUUUGCUGGUCAAACGGUGCUACAAGAGCCGAUUGUGAAACUUGACGUGUGGGCAUUUGGUAAUGAUGGUAACUUAACCUUGAGUAUUGAAUUUUACAGCUCAGAUGGCGAAUACAUUGAUGAAUAUAAGCAAAGUGGAAUUGUACUUGAAGAAAAUAAAGUCAACGCAAUCAUGACUGGUGCUAUAUUCGAUCAUUUGAAGAAGACUACAAUUGUCAAUAUAAAGUUGUCCAAGGACAGCGAAAUAAUAGCUAGAUCCUCAGAUUGGCCACAACCACUAAAGACAUUGAAUUGGGGAAAAUUAACAUCAAAGCUACACAUUGAGGUUGAGCAUAUUGGAAAUGGCAAGUUUGUCUUAUCGUCAAAUAAACCAGUAAAGGGACUACAAUUGUAUUUUGACGACACUGAUUGCAAUUAUCGCUUUAGUGACAAUGGGAUUGAUCUAUUUCCUGGUGAUCCACAAGUUAUACAAGUUAUACAUUUACUAGAAGAGGAUGUGGGGAAGAUACGAUAUAGAUAUUUGAGCUGGUGA